UUUCUGCAGCGAUAGGUAUUCAUUGCCAAGGUGUACACUGCAUUCGUUGCUUUGAGUAUCACAAGUCGAAACAUAUAAAUUUCUCAACUAUAAUACCGAGUAGUUGUUUUUCAGCUUGAAACGGUGUAUUACGUUAAUCACAACAUGCGCUCUAUAGUUAUGAAGGUUUUCGUGUUUGGCACAUUAUUUACACUGGUAUAUUCAGCUGCAAAUGAUCUUCCUUCUUAUUUCCCAAAGUGCAAACGUUAUGAUCCCAAACUCAACGAAUGUCUAGUAAAAGCGACAGAAACUGUAAGACCUUUCCUCAUAAAAGGUGUACCCGAACUGGGAAUACCACCUAUUGAACCAUACACAAUUCCAGAAAUUACACUAGAGCAAGGUACUCAAGCUCUGAACUUUAAAGCUCUCUUGAAAGAUGUUGAAGUACGUGGUUUAGGCAAUUAUAAAUUUUCUCAGUUUGAUUUUGAUGUUCCAGGACUGCAGUGGUUUUGCAAGGCUACCAUUAAUCCAAUCAAAUUAGUAGGUGAUUAUACCGUAACAGGAAAAAUACUCUUAGCACCAAUUGAAGGAAGUGGAAAAUUCACGGCGGGCAUAGAAAAUUCUAAUAUAACCGCCUAUCAGAAAGUCGAAUUCUUUAAGAAGAAGGGGGUUACUUAUGUGCGACCAGUUACUACUAACACUACUAUUUCAGUAGGUGGACCAAAAGUCCACUUAGACGGCCUUUUUGGAGGAAACGAAGAACUGAAUAAAGUGACCAACACCGUGAUUAACGACAACGUCAAUGAACUAUUUGAAGAUUUAAAACCUGUGAUAGAAAAAAUUAUUACCAACGUCAUAGAGCAAUGGCUGUUCAAAGGACUUGAGGACAACGUGCCUUUUGAUAAAUUGUAUCCUGAGAAAUAGAAGAGUGUUAUUUGAAUAUACAGAGUUAUUCACGUGAAGCUCCACGCAAAAAAAAAUCAAAAUGCAACCAAGAAUACAUAACAUGGUAGUGUCUCGCAUUAUGUCAACGUUGUUGCGAUAAAACAGACAACCACGUUUCACUUUUUUGAAAAAUGGAAUGAAAUGUUAAAGAUGUUUUUUAGUGUAUUUCUGGUUACGUCUUGCCCUUUUUCAUUCGAUGCGGCGUUUCUUGUGAACAACACUGUAUAAAAUAUUUCUGUUUGCUAAAGUGCGUUUCGUACGUCACACAAAUGAGUUUUUAAGAUUUAUUGUACUAAGUACUCCAUGAGAUCGCACGAUUUUAUUUAAUCUAGAAUAUUCACGCGGACAUACUAAUUAAGUAAAAAUCCAUCAACAUUUUAUUAGCUUCGCAAAAUAAACAAAUAAGCAUGCUUUGUUAUCGCUGUUCUCUUUUAGCAUUGAAGAUUAAUUUAUUUAUUACACAGAAAAAAAUAUUUUUACUACACAUAAAUUAAACGAGAUUUUUAUAAUUAGAU